CACACACACACACACACGCACGCACGCGCGCGCGCACACGCAGAGCAUCCAAAACAAAGCUGGUGAAGAACGAGGGAGCAGCGCGCGCGCCACGGUGAUAUCUCUCUCGCUCUAUCUCUCUCUCUCUCUCUCUGGAGAAGGAAGGAGAAAAGCAGAAGAAGAAGCAGCAGAAGAAACAGGAUUAUCAUUUUAAAGCGCUAUCGCCGGUGUGUUUUGUGUUGUUUUUUGUUCUUGUUGUUUGAGAGCUUGCGGGGCAGUGGUGAAGCUCUCAGCCCGCGGUGAUGGACAUUAUGAGUGCGGUGCAGGAUGCGUGCGUCUCCGGUCAGUGGCUCACCGCGAUCAUCCUCAGCCUGUGCUGCUUUCUGCCUUCCUGCUUGCCAGCUGGACAAACUGUGGACUAUGCCUCGAGUGAGAGUGUGGUGAGCCGGCAAGGAGACACGGCGCUGCUCAGGUGCUACCUGUUGGACGGGAUCUCCAAAGGGGCGUGGUUAAACCGCUCAAGUAUAAUCUUCGCAGGGAACGAUAAGUGGUCAGUGGAUCCUCGUGUAUCCAUCGUAUCGAACCUGGGCGAUAAACACGAGUACAGCCUACAGAUACAAAAAGUGGACGUAAUGGACGAAGGCUACUACACCUGCUCGAUACAGAGCGAGCGCAAUCCACGGCCGAAACUCAUCCAGUUAAUCGUCAAAGUUCCUCCCAAAAUCUACGACAUCUCGUCGGACAUCACGGUAAACGAAGGCGGUGAAAUUUCCCUCUUCUGUUUAGCCAGUGGGAAACCAGAGCCCAAAAUCACCUGGAGACACAUCAGCCCAUCAGCCAGCAAGUUCGAGAGCGGAGAAUAUCUGAACAUAAGCGGAAUAACUCGGGAUGCGGCGGGGGAUUAUGAAUGCGGCGCCGAGAACGAUAUCGCUUCUCCUGACACCCGGACUGUAAAAGUCACAGUCAACUUUCCACCUUUUAUCCAUGAGACGAAGAGCAACGGCUUCCCAAACGGUUACUCGGCGCUGCUGAGGUGUGAGGCGGCUGCCGUCCCCGCUCCGGUGUUUGAGUGGUACAAAGGGGAGAAGAGACUCAGCAAGGGUCAAGCGGGCAUCGACAUCAAUAACGUGAGCUCCAGGUCCGUCCUCACCGUGAGCAACAUCACCGAGGAUCGCUACGGCAACUACACCUGUGUGGCUACCAACAAGCUGGGCGUGGCCAAUGCCACUGUGUCUCUUAUGCCCACUAACACAGCUCAGUACGGGGCCAAUGGAGGAGGAGAAGCUCUGCUGGCUUGCGGGUUCCUGGUUUUGGCUCUCAGCUCUCUGCUCUGUGUUUACUAGCGCUACCUACAGCCAUACGCACUGAACUGGACUGAACCAUUCACACGACUCAUUUCUGGAUCCGAUCUGGCAACGCGGUUUGCUUUAUUUUUGGUUGUUUGGUUGGUUGGUUGGUUGGUUGUUGUUUUUUUCCUGAAAAAAAAAGAGAUAUUUGAAUCAGUACGGUGAUUUUUAUGUUCUGUGGAAUUUCUCAUCAUGUAAAUAUGUACGGUUUACAUUUCUUUUUUCUCUCUCUCCUUUCUCUGCCCUUCUUUCUCUCUCUCUCUCUCUCUCUCUCUCUCUCUCUCUCUCUCCCAUCUCCUUUUCCUUUUUGUUUUUCUAUUUGAUUUUAGUUUUCCUGAUUGCCCACUUUGUAAAUCAGCACCAUUGUGCUCUUUUCAAAAGCUAGCGAGUUAGCCAUGUGGUUGUGAAGGAGGGGGGUGGGGGUGGGGGACGAGGGAGUCGAUCGGAACAGGGUCGUGGAGGGGCGGAGUAAAAGUGUGUGUUGUUGUGUUUCUGAGAGGACGACCUGAAGUGUGUCACCAUCAUCAGAGCGCUCUCGAAUGUACACACACUUUAUACACACACACUAACACUCACACACACACUCCUCCGUAGCCCUUUCAGGUCAUAAUGUUUAGCCUGGCUAAUUUAAAAACACUCCGGUUUUCGCACAAUCAGAACAAUCAGAACGCUCGGAGAAGGGAAAGGUUUUGACGGGAUGCUGAAAGCGAACGCCGCCGAAUCUUUCAGCAUUUCCCCCGAACAAAAAGGCGUGGACCAAAUCGACAGCCAUAAUUCUGUGAUUUUUAGCACAUUGUCGCUAAUGUGUGAAAACUCUGCCAUGAUAAAUUGAACGUGAAAUACCAAGGUUAAAAAAAUCAAUUUUUAAAAAAUAAAAACAAUUUCUCUCUUUUUUGUUUUAAAUUAAUUUAGUAUAUUUUUAUUUAAUUUAGUUUACAUAUUAAUACCAUUUGUUUUUUUAUAUAUAUAUAUAUAUAUAUAAAAAACAAGAAUUCAGUUAACUAAAAUAUUUUCAAAUAUCCGUCGUUUUCAUGAUUUUAUUUACUUUUAACUUUAUUAUGUAUAAUUUUACCAAUGCUACCUACAUGCAACCCUUUAUAUACAAUAAUAUUAUAACAUGAACUUGCUCUAUUUGUUUAAUAAUCGACACCCGAACACUCGACUCCAUUCGUUUUGAUUUGAUUCGCUUUUCACUGACGCUGGUCAGCUGUUGUUCCGAAUGCUCACGAAUCAAACCGAUUUCUAGAUAGUGUUUCUAAGCUUGAAAUAUGUCUUUCUAGAAAUAAAUGCUAGGAAAAAUCAAACUUAGCGCAAAAAGAAAAUAAGAUUUCUCGAAAUCUUUGAUUUGCUUUCUCUCAAUAGUACGAGGAACGAAUCGUGUGUAUUCAGAUUCCGAUUCUGAGGCGAAUAUUUCUUGAUUUCCUGAAUUAUAUAAUAUUUCACGUGUUUUUUUUUUUCUUCAAACCACACACACACACACACACACACACACACA